AUGUAUUUACAAGCAGCACGAUCCAUAGCAGCAUUUGCUGGUAUGUGUGAUCGUGGCUUAGCUGAAGAUAUGUAUGAAGUAGCUCAACGAGAUGAUACGACAAUAAAUGCAUUGACUGUUUUACAUAAUUAUGAUUAUGAUUGCAAACGUGCUGUACAGGCACUCGUAAAAUAUCCAAUACCAAAAGGUAUUGAUAGAAAAUGGUCGGAUGAUGAUCAAAAAAAAUUUAUUAAAGGUUUAAAACAAUAUGGAAAAAAUUUUUUUCGCAUACGUAAAGAUCUUUUACCACAUAAACAAACAUCGGAUCUUGUCGAGUUUUAUUAUUUAUGGAAAAAAACUUCCCAAGCACAAACAACUCGUCUGCGUCGACGACAACGUCUGUGUUCAACAUCUGCUAGUCUAUCUAAUACACCAACACCAGCUAGACAACGUAAUACAAAAAAUAAUCAUAAUCAUAAUAAUAAUAAUAAUAAUAAUAAAGAUGAAUUAGAACAUAACUCUGAUAAUGAUGAUAAUCAAACAACAACAACAACAGAUUUUGACGAGCAAUAUUGUCGUCAUUGUCAGACAAUAUCAAAAGAUUUACAAAUAGCUGGACAUGAUAAUCAAUUAGUAUGUUAUUCUUGUCGAAUCUAUUAUGAAAAAUCUGGUCAAAUGCCAAUAAUAAAUCUUGAAUGUUCACCUUAUUUAUUUAAACCAUUAAAUGAAACAAGUCCAACGUGUACUAAUAUUAACAAACGAAAACGAACUAAACCAGUACAAUCAUCAGAUGAUGUUAAUUCGUCAUCAAAACGUUCAAGAAACAAAACUCAUCUCAAUGAAAAACUUUCAUCGAUUAAACAAGAAGGUGAAGAAGAAGAAGAAUCAACAAUAAUAAUAGAAUCUAAAUUAGAAGAACAAGAAAAUGAAAAACCAUCAUCAUUAUCAACAAACUCUUCUUUUAUUAUCAAAACAGAAGAUUUAAAUUUUCAAAUUCUUACACCAACACCAUGUAAACAAGAAUUGAAUUCUUCAUCAUCAAUACUGCCAGAUAACACAACAAAAAUUCUUAUUGAUCAUACGAAACAAAAUAAUACUAAUUUAUUCAUAACUUCACCUUCUUCAGCAUUUUCACGUACAUCAAAACAAUCAUUAAUACCAAAAACUCCUCAUAAAUCUAUUUCAUCAUUAAUAUCAAAUACAAAUAAUUCAACAAUUCUUAGUAAUGAUAAUGUAUCAAUAAUUACAUCACAAAAUAAUGAUUUAUCAAAUGAUGAUGAUGAAAAUACAUCAGAUAAUUCAACAAAUAAUAUUCAAGACUUCAUUUGUGAUCAAGGACCAUCACCAUUAAUAUGUGAAAAAGAAUGUUAUAAUAGAUCUCAAGAAAUUAUUUUAUUACAAGUCUAUGAUCGAUCAAAAUCUCAAAAUUCUUGUGCACGUACUGAUAUUAUUCUUAAACAUGAUUCGCCUAUACUCCAAAAACAAACUGAAAAACAAAAAGAUUUACCAUCAUCAACUACAACAACAAUCAAUCUUAAACAAGAAGAUCGAAAUUUAUCGAAAUUACCAUUCUCUUUGGAUAAAGGACUACCGAUGCAUCGCUCAUCUGGUCCACAACUACUAUCAGCAACAUUACCACAUCAUGACCCAUUAUUAAUGAAUCGUAGCAAUCUAUUGUUUCAGCCAUUACAAUUAUACAGUCUUGCCAGUGGGUCUAAACCUCCAUUAGGUUUUUCUUCAUCAUUUGGACCAUCACCCCAUGAAAAUCCUGUAUUACGUCAUAUUGAUCCAUUAAGUUUACGUUUGAUGAAUCCUGCUGCAGCUACUGUUCAAUUAUUUACUGGUCACUCACCUUUUCCAAGUGGUAUUGGACAUCUAGCUCAUCCUGGACUUGAUCCAACGACAGCUGCUCUUUUACUUGAUCCUCGUUAUCGUAGCAUGAUUUCACCAUUUGCUAAUCCGUCACCCCCAUCAAUAGUGCCACCAUCACCACUAUCUUCAUCAAAUAAUUCAUUAUCAUCAUCAACAAUAAAUAAUGGAACACAUAAUCAUGCUUAUAUGCACUCUCAUUCGCAUAGGCAUUUACAUUUGGCUAACACAAAUGAUUCAUCAUCAAAUGCUAUAAAUGGUGCACCACUACCAGCACCAACUCUUUUACCAUUUUCUAAUCCUCUUUCAGGUCUAUCUCAUGCUAAUUCAUUAUUACGUGCUAGUGGUUCACUAUCAGCACCAACAAAUUUUGAAGCAAUGCAUAAUGUAACACGUGAACGUGAAUUAAUGGCAUUUAUCUUGGCUAAUAAUAGUCGAUUUGAUCCAAUGACAUCAACACUUGCAAAUUCACUUCAAAUGUCACGAUAUGAUGGUCUUUCUCGAAUAACCACAAAAGAACGAACUAAACGUGAACACAAUGGAAAUGAAUUUCGUCGUUUAAAUUUAGAUGUUGAAAGGCAACAACUUCUUUUUCCAUUUCAUCAUCAACCUGAAGAGCUUCUUCGGCGCUUCUGA